UCUCUGCUGCCUCACUCAUUCCCUGAGCAGCACACUGAACUGGAUAACGUCUCCUUCAACUCGCAGCACAGACUCAUUUCUCUACACACCAGCUCUGAGUGGAUGCUCAGCAGGGGUGUUUGAGAUAUUAGCGCGCUGUGGGGGAAACGGCUCAGGGACUUCUACCAUACACAUACAAAGAGUCGGCAGUCAGGAGGAAUAUGGGCAAAUCCGAAAGCCAAAUGGAUAUCAUGGAGAAAUCAAGUAAACCUGGAAAGUGCCGUUGGACUGUUGCAGAAAUCGGUCUGUCGGUGCUGCUGCUGUUGGUCAGCUGUGCCUUGGCCGGGCUGGUAGUCCUCUACACAUCGGUUGUGAAAGAACAAUCUAACAGGCCUAGUGUGUCAAGGAGCUCAACAGGUGAAGGCCAGCUGUUUCGCUCCAACAUCAACAGUGUAUGCACAACUGCGAACUGUGUUACUGCAGCCGCUCGGCUCUUGCAGAACAUGGAUAAGUCCGUGAAGCCUUGUGAUAAUUUCUACCAGUACGCCUGCGGGGGUUGGCUAGAGAGACAUGUCAUCCCGGAGACGAGCUCCCGUCACAGCGUCUUUGACAUUCUGAGGGACAAGCUGGAGAUUGUCCUCAAAGGUGUUCUUGAGAUGGAGACAGGACAGGAAAGAGAUGCCAUAAGGAAGGCCAAAAUCCUUUACAACUCCUGCAUGAAUGAUAGCCUCAUAGAGCAGCGUGACUCCCAGCCCCUCCUGAAACUCAUUGACAGUAUCGGAGACUGGCCUGUGGCAUCAGAUGACUGGAACACCACUACAGAGGAAGCAUGGAGCCUUGAGGACACACUGGCAACGCUUACCGCUCGUUUCCACAAGAAGGUUCUGCUGGACAUGUAUGUGUGGACGGACGACAGGGACUCUCGGCGCCAUAUCGUUUAUAUUGACCAGCCGGGACUUGGAAUGCCAUCAAGAGACUAUUACUUCAAUGAUGGAAACUACAAAAGGGUUCGAGAGGCCUACCUACAUUUCAUGGUUUCUAUCGCGAAGAUAACCCGAGAGGACAGGAACUUGACUCAGGAUGACGACCGUGUGUGGGAGGAAAUGAUGCAAGUGCUGGAACUGGAGACAGACAUCGCCAAUGCCACAUCACCAGCAGAGGAGCGCCAAGAUGUCACCGUUCUCUACAAUAAGAUGACACUUGGAGAACUACAGAGCACAUUCAGCCUUAAUGGUUUUAACUGGACACGAUUUAUUCAGGGGGUGCUGUCCAGUGUGUCCAUUGAGGUCCAGUUAGAGGAGGAGGUGGUGGUGUACAGCUCUCCCUACCUUGAGAAGAUGAAUGACGUUCUCUCCCGACACAGUGUCAGAACUAUGCAGAACUACCUCACCUGGCAGCUCAUCAUUGACAGAGUUAAUAGCUUGAGCCGCCGUUUCAAAGAUGCCAGAGCCCGUUACAGGAAGACUCUCUAUGGGACCACUGUGGAGGAUGCUUGGUGGCGAGAAUGUGUCCGUUACGUCCAGAGCAGCAUGGAGAACGCAGUUGGAGCUCUGUAUGUGCGUGAGACCUUUGCUGGAGAAAGCAAACAAAUGGUCAGUGACCUCAUCAGUAAGAUCCAGAAAGCAUAUGUGGAAACACUGGAGGAGUUGAGCUGGAUGGAUGCUCCCUCGAAGGAGAAGGCAAGAGAGAAGGCCAUGGCAAUCAAGGAGCAUAUUGGCUAUCCAGAUCAUAUUCUACAGGAGAGCAACCAGAAGCUGGACCAGGAGUACGCUCAUCUUAAUUUUAGCGAAGAACACUACUUUGAGAACAUCCUCGAGAACCUCAAGUCUGAAGCGCACAAGAGUCUGAAGAAGCUCAGAGAACCAGUUGACCCGGACUUGUGGAUCAUCGGUGCUGCUGUGGUGAAUGCAUUCUACUCACCCAACAGAAACCAGAUAGUGUUUCCAGCAGGAAUCCUGCAGCCGCCGUUCUUCAGUAAACAUCAGCACCAGGCCCUUAACUUUGGUGGAAUAGGAAUGGUUAUCGGACAUGAGAUCACACAUGGAUUUGAUGACAACGGGCGUAAUUUUGACAAGGAUGGUAAUAUGCUAAACUGGUGGAGUAAUUACUCUGCUGAGCAUUUUAAAGAGCAGUCACAGUGCAUGGUGCAACAAUAUGGCAACUUCAACUGGAAGCUAGCAGGUGGACAAAAUGUCAGUGGAAUCAGCACUUUGGGGGAGAACAUUGCAGACAACGGAGGGGUUCGUCAAGCAUAUAAGGCUUAUCUAAAGUGGGUUGAGAUGGAGGGUGAAGAGCCUCGUCUACCUGGUCUAGACAUGGACCACAAACAACUUUUCUUUCUUAACUUUGCCCAAGUGUGGUGUGGUGCUUAUCGGCCUGAGUAUGCCAGCCAGUCCAUCAAGACUGACUCACACAGUCCAUUAGAAUACAGGGUGCUUGGAUCUCUCCAGAAUUUUGAAGCGUUCUCAAAAGCUUUCCAAUGCCAAAAAGGCAGUCCAAUGAACCCCGAGCUGAAGUGUCGUGUUUGGUAGAAAGUUUUACUCUUGACAUAUUUAUUUCUUGACAUGGGCAACUCAAAUCAAAAGAACAAGUUGUACUUCUUAAACCCACAGAGACAUCCUGCUUAUUCCAAUUUAUUUGGGGCAGAGUGAUGACACAGAUAUUUGCAUAUACUGUAGAUGUAUCUAAAAUGGAUGACAUCCUGGACUACACCCUAGUUUUAUAACUUAAAGCACGUAUACUAUAAAAAAGAAACUUGCUUCAGUAUUUUCUUAAGUUUGAAGUGUUGUCGCUGGAUGAGUAGGUCACUUAUUCUUUUUUGCUCUGUCCCGCGACAGAUGACGAGCGGGUACAUGAAUAAAAAGGCUAUAUAGAAAACUAAGACCUUGUGCAAAGGUAAAAGCCUAUACGGCUGGUUUAAAAGCUUUUCCAGCCUUUCUAGAAUUAAUCCUUAAAAAAAUCUCUCGUGCAGAUCUUUGUAAUUUAUCCAUUAACGUUUGGCACUGAGUUGCCUUGGUGUCUUUCUUCUGAUGUAUUGUUUUCAAGACAUUGUGCCACCUCAGAAGAAACAGUAAUGAACAAAUCUAACUCUGACUGGAGAGUAUGAAAUAAAUGAAAGCUUGGGGCUUUGGUGAAGUAAAGCUACAAUAGAAUUAGUCACACUCUGAGAGUUUGGUCAUUCACUGUUACAUGAAACAAAUUAUCUAAAGACUUUAAGACUGUUAAAUCUUUGCAGCUUUAACCUCAAAUUAACAUUCUGAGAGCUGCGGCUUUCGACAUUUUUACACUUACAGAGUGGAUAAAUAUUUAAAAUUUACAAAGUAAUUUAGUACUUUUUGGAGGACAAUUAUUUUCUAAGUUUCUUUAUCACAUUCUGCCAAUGAUUGUUGCUCAAUACUCACUACAGAAAUGUAUAUGUAUGUCAUGACAGUUUGCUGUAAGAAACCAUAUUCCAGAUGUUUCCAAAAAUAUUGGUGGCCUGCUACUUUUUAGCUAGUGAGAAAGCACCUGUUGGAGACAGAGUGAUGUGAUAAUGAUGAAAAACCAAUGUAUAUCACUUUAUUGCAUUAUUGGUUACUGCUAAGAUUAGAUACAGGCUUGGAUAUACAGUAGGUUGCUAAUCACAGUUGUGUUGUGCGUUCUACCUUUUCCAUAAUUUUGAGAGGCUCCCAAGUGUUCAUACUGGGCUGAUAUAUAGCUAUCAAAACUCCUAAUAUGUGCCAUUUGUUAGAUGGCACUUACCUACAUUUAUUCAAAAUUAUAAUGUCUGCUUGUAUGAUAUCUGUAAGUUUCCAUUUAACUCGACAUGCUGAUCGAUUUGUAGAAGAACUGACAUUUCCUUCACCACACAAACUCCUGAGAAGAGAUGCAAACACACAGUGAUUACAAGACUUUUAGCCUCUGAGCAUAGCCAAUUACAUGCUAAGGGGAAGGGAGAAGAAAACCCCUUAGAUACACUCACACAUGGACAGGCAGCAGAUGAAGUGGUUUGCCCUCUGAUCUGGCAUUGAUCAGUGCUGUGUAAGAUGAAAGGAUGUGCAGUGCGGUGUGCUGAAGUGUGGUGACCGCUGUAGCCAAACCACAAGCCCGCAGGCAGACACACCGAAGAAUGGGGCUUGUCAUUAAAGAGAUGGCCAGGGCCAGGACUGUUAUUUUCUACCUUUAUUAACAAGUAAUGACAGGAGAAUCAAAGCAGAGCAGAACUCAUAAGAGAGGAUGGCUGCGGGAAGCCACCGUUUUUGUGCUGAAGAGAGCUUUCAAAUAAACAAAAAAAACAAAACAAACAAACAAACACACACAGCCAGUUUUGAAUGUUUGCAUGUCAUUGGUCACAUUCAGGAUGCCUUGGUAAACUGAACAUGGCUUAUAGGUCUCAACAGAGGCUGCCGAAUUGAAUGUGCAUAUUGAAGUUUUACACUCUCACUCUUCAUAUAUUGGCAAAUACUGUUGUGUUUAGCAGGGGGAGAUGACACAGUAAUGAAUAAUGUUUUACUCAGAAUGUAAAGGCUAAUAGUGUGUUGCCAUCUUAAAGCAAAAGUGUUGGACAUUUUUUGGAAAUACAUUUAUUUACUCUCUGGCAGAGAGUUGGAUGAGAAAAUUGAUACCACUCUCAUUUCUGUCAUUUCUGCUUAGCAUUAAGUUGGGAAAAUUGCUUUAGGACAGAUUAAACAGGUGGAUUUUGUUACCUUUGGAGAGAACCAGGCUAGCUGUUUCCCCCUGCUUCCAGUCUUUGUGCUAAGCUAAGCUUAACAGCUGCUAACUACAGACUUAUAUUUAACAGAAAUACAUGAGAAUGGUAUCAAUCUUCUCAUCUCACUCUCCCCCGAAACAGAAUAUGUGUAUUUCCCCAAAUGUCAAACUAUUCCUUUAAACAACAUGGCACAUGUAUCAUGUCUGGUUCAAAGAAAUGUUGGAGGAUAAAUCAUAAUCAUGAUAGGUGCAACAUGGGGCUGCCGUUUGAAGGGCAACAGCUUAGACUCUUGUAUAUUUUGUCUAGUUUUUCUCAAAGAGUAAAACGAAAUUGUUAACUGAACACAAAGGGUACAUAUACAUGUGUUAUUGUAGAUACUCGAUGUUCUAUAUUGCAGUAUUUACAUAUAAAGGAUUUAAAUCAGGUAAGAAAGAGAGUGUACAAUUCUUACCCAAUUAGUUCUAGCUUCACAUUUACUUACAUGGUGAAAUUGUGUCGUUUUGAAAUUACCAGCCAAGUACAAAUACAUUUUUGUUAUAUAUGAACAUGUUUCAACUGUAUACCCAUCAGAGGAGUUUAUUUAUCUACAUGAAUAUUUAUGAUAUAACACUGUUGCUUUGCAAGAAUUCAGACGUUAAAGAUGUUUUAUAAAUGUUCCUGCUGCUAUGUAAUUAUCUAGAUUGCCAUUAAAGUGACUGUCUCAACUGG